ACGCCGCCACCGCCCGCCCCGCAGCCCGGCAGCCCCGCAGUCCCGGCUCCCCGCAGCCCCGCAGCGCCCCGACCCCGGGGACACCGGCCGCGCAGUAAGUUGGCAGGAGCGAGUGGCCUGGGCGGCUCGCCUCCCCCGCACCUUUUUGAACUUGUUGCUGUUGGCUCUGCCUGCCUGCGCCUGGCUUUUGGGGAAGGUGACAAGGAGGAGGGAGGCACGGAGGGUGGGGGAAGGGGACGGAGAGCUCGCCAGAGCUUUAUUUAUGCUCCCUGGGAGCCUGGGAUCUGGCUGCUCGCGAGCCGUUGGCUCUCCCUUUCCUUUUCCGGGUGCAAGGCGACGGCAAAGUCUCUAUGCAACUCAGCCCCGGCGCGCACUUUGCCAGGUAUGUACCGCGGGCGAGGCGCAUUCUGCGCGGAGGCAGAUGCUGCUGCCGCCACGGCGGCGGCGGCUGCCAGCUCCCGGGCUCUGUAACUGUCACAUUGCACCUGAGCUGAACUUGAACAGAGAGUGAAGGGGCCCAUCUGGCGAACGCUCUUGGUUGGCACACAGGGUGUCUGUCGACGUUGGGGGAGAGCGAGGCUCUAGACCGACGCCCCCCACCGCGAGCCCUGCACUUCACCUCCAUCUCUGCAAGCUCAGCGGGACCAGAGGCGGCCAGCAGACUCCAAGGGACUCGGGACAGCAGCUGUGACCGCAUCUCUGGAGCUACAACAACAGGUCGUCUUUUUUCGAGACGCCUUUGGCGGGAAGGACUACUUCAAGCGAAAAGGGAAGGUGAAAAGGUUCUUUCUUUUCAGAGACUACCGCUGGGUGACUUUCUCUCUUUCCUCUCUCCUGCACUGUAUACUGACCCCAAAUCAACCAGACUGUAUCAGGGGAGAAGUGAAGACACCUGUUUGAAGAAGCGGUUGUUUCUGAAGUCACCUGUGUGCUUAUAUGUGCCAGGAGGUACCCUGGUCCAAUUGUUGGCAGAGAUUUGUUUAAGCUCUAUGCAGAGAGAUUUGUAGGUCACUGUCUUUUUUAAUCUUAGUAUUCCAAAGACUUGUCUGUGAGGGAGAUCUGGCCUUCUGAGAACUGUGACUUCACCUGGGCCACCUUGGAAUAACCGCGUUCCUGUGAACACUGUUCCCCGGUGUUUUGUUUGACGUGAAGAAGUGGGGCAUUGCGUUACUUUCAUUGUGUCACUUUGGGUGACCCUGAUCAUUCUUGUGACCUACCCUUCCCGACAACAUGGCGGCCGGGGUCGCAGCAUGGCUGCCCUUUGCCAGGGCAGCCGCCAUUGGGUGGAUGCCUGUUGCCUCGGGGCCUAUGCCAGCUCCUCCGAGGCAGGAGAGGAAAAGGACUCAGGAUGCCCUGAUUGUGCUGAACGUGAGUGGCACCCGUUUCCAGACAUGGCAGGAUACCCUGGAACGCUACCCAGACACUUUACUGGGCAGUUCUGAGAGAGACUUUUUCUACCACCCAGAGACCCAACAGUAUUUCUUUGACCGUGACCCAGACAUCUUUCGCCACAUCCUCAAUUUCUACCGCACGGGGAAGCUUCAUUAUCCCCGCCACGAGUGUAUCUCGGCUUAUGAUGAAGAAUUGGCCUUCUUUGGCCUCAUCCCAGAAAUUAUUGGCGACUGCUGUUAUGAGGAGUACAAGGACCGCAGGCGGGAGAAUGCAGAGCGCCUACAGGAUGAUGCUGACACUGACAACACAGGGGAGAGUGCACUGCCCACCAUGACCGCCAGGCAGAGGGUCUGGCGGGCCUUUGAGAAUCCCCACACCAGCACCAUGGCUCUGGUGUUCUACUAUGUGACUGGGUUCUUCAUUGCGGUCUCGGUCAUAGCGAAUGUGGUGGAAACAGUUCCAUGUGGGUCCAGCCCAGGCCACAUAAAGGAACUGCCUUGCGGUGAACGGUAUGCAGUGGCCUUCUUCUGCUUGGAUACUGCCUGUGUCAUGAUCUUCACUGUUGAGUACUUGCUUCGCCUGGCCGCAGCACCUAGUCGUUACCGUUUUGUGCGAAGUGUCAUGAGCAUCAUCGAUGUGGUGGCCAUCCUGCCCUAUUACAUUGGGCUGGUGAUGACAGACAAUGAGGAUGUCAGUGGAGCGUUUGUCACACUCCGAGUCUUCCGAGUCUUCAGGAUCUUUAAGUUCUCCCGCCACUCUCAAGGCCUGCGUAUCCUGGGGUACACACUGAAGAGCUGUGCAUCAGAACUGGGCUUUUUGCUCUUUUCCCUCACGAUGGCUAUCAUCAUUUUCGCUACGGUUAUGUUCUACGCAGAAAAGGGCUCUUCGGCAAGCAAGUUCACCAGCAUCCCUGCAGCCUUCUGGUACACCAUCGUCACCAUGACAACGCUGGGGUAGGUGCCAUUGUAGCAAAUGGGAUGGGGAUUGCACAUAGGUGGGUUGGUUAUGAAUCUCUUAAGUCUUACGAUACUUUAGGAUAACUACAUUUUUCUCUUAAUGAACUUAUGAAAGCACUAUUUAAAGAUUUGGAAAAAUAUUUUGAUCUGUGAAAUGGGUAUGGCGAAAAAGAUUCAAAGUACCAGGGAGUUUCCAGCAAAUAUUAAGUAUUGAUACUAGAAAGUGACAAAUACAGAAUUAAUAGAGUAAUUAGGAGAUGUGG